CAUUGCUAGAACUAAACUUCAUCAAUUCUUCAUACGUUAAUCAUGUUGAAAGACAUAAAUUUUCUUCCUAUAAUAUACAUUGUACUCUUGGUUAACUCAAAUUUUUACCAAUUAGUAGAAUCUUGUCAUGCUAUUGACAAAGAAGCAUUGCUUGAUUUCAAGCAUAGAAUCACUUAUGAUCCAUCAAAGCUCCUCGGCUCAUGGCUCACAACCACGGACUGCUGCACCGCGUGGGAGGGCAUUGCUUGUGACCCUUCCAACGGACGAGUAAUAAACAUUUCUCGCCCUAGCGCCAUGGAAACCUUCAUGUCAGGUACACUCUCCCCUUUCCUAGGCAACCUCACCUACCUUCAAGUCCUCGACCUUAGCGACCUUAGCGAGUUAAGUGGUCCGAUACCACCUCAACUAGGUAAGUUGUCUCAUUUAACCAUUCUUUUCUUAAACAAUAAUAAGCUAAAUGGUUCACUACCCUCUUCUUUUAGUUACCUUCAUAAGGUAAAAAAGCUCUGUUUAAGCCGAAAUAGCCUCUCUGGCACCCUUCCUUACUCUGUCUUUCAAUCAUGGACUUCGAUUUUGGAAAUAGAUCUUUCAGAGAAUCAAUUUUUGGGCCCAAUACCAUCUUCAAUUUCAAACAUGAAUUCACUAACUAAUCUUGCACUUCAAUACAACAAACUCUCUGGUAGAAUUCCCUACAAGAUUGGCAAACUAAAGAGUCUAACAAAGCUAUUGUUAACAUCGAAUCGUAUCACUGGAAGUAUACCUCAUUCAAUAAGUAAACUCUCCCAAUUACAAGAUUUGUCCCUUAACCUAAACAGACUUAUUGGACCGAUCCCAUCUUCAAUAGGACAGCUUGCAUCUUUGCUAAUAUUAGAUCUUAGUCACAAUAAAUUAACCGGUGUUUUACCAGAUUCCCUAGGCAAUCUUUCGAAAUGUUUUUAUAUGAACAUACAGAACAAUAUGAUCACAGGUCAUCUACCACCAAGUCUAGGCAAUCUAGUGAGCCUUGAGCAACUAGAUUUGUCGAAAAAUCAACUAGUAGGUCCAAUUCCUCAUGAACUUAAUAAGAUAAAAGAUUAUUUGUCAGUACUAAAUUUGUCAUACAAUCCACUUUCUUUAGGGAAAAUACCUAGCUGGAUGUCGAAGCUUAAUAAUCUUAGUUAUCUAAUGUUAGCCAAGACGGGGCUCAAAGGCGAGCUACCCUCGUGGUUAUCAUCCUCACUAUUAGUCCAUCUCGAUUUGUCGAGUAAUGAACUCACAGGGAGAUUGCCUACAUGGAUAGGAAACAUGAGUGAUUUGUGGUACCUUAACAUAUCUUGUAACAAAUUCUACUCCACCAUUCCAAAAGAAUUCAAGAAUCUGGUAUCAAUCACAGAUCUCGAUCUUCACUCAAACAACUUCUCAGGUCCCCUGGAUUUUAUUUUUGACAAGAACGUCGAUGGACCACUAGGACAUUACAACUCCAUCGAUGUUUCUAGGAACAAGUUCACAGGUCCUAUCGACAAAAAUGUUGGAAACAAGCUCGCCGUGAACACGAUAAGUUCAUUGAUUUUGUCAAAUAAUCCAUUGGGAGGACGGAUACCCAAGUCCAUAGGCAACUUGACCCAAUUGCGAAUGUUGGAGAUGGUGCGCGACAAGCUUUCAGGGACGAUCCCAGAGGAGAUUAGUAAUGCUGAUACUUUGAGGAUUAUUAAUUUUUCGAGGAAUUACUUAACCGGAAGGAUUCCAAAGAAGGUGAUUAAUUUAGAGUGGUUAGAAGAGUUUAAAGUCAUAAGAAAUAAAUUGAGUGGCGAAAUUCCAGCACAUAAGGCUAAUUUCUCUGCUUCGGCAUUUUUUGGUAAUCCUGGUCUUUGUGGUGUGCCACUUCCUGCUUGUAAGCAAGUUUAGUUAUUAUGAUUCAUAGUUACAAGUUGAUUACGUUUUGUUUUUGAUACUUCUUACUAUGUGUUAUUAUGAAAUUGUAACUGUGUGAUUGUAACAGGCUAAAUUGAACUUUAAUGACAUGAAUUAUUGUUAAUUUGCCUAAUACAUAUUCCACAACUACUAUUUUUA